AUGGCCCCUACUGUCUCAUUGCCGGCUGAUCAGGAGAAUAUAUGGACUUUCCUCACUGUGGCUCGCGUGAACCCAUCGAAUCUCAAAUGCGAAUCUCUACCCAUCCUAUCCAUACGCAAUGAAUAUGGGCGCAAUUUCCACCUAUCUUGGCUUGGAUUCUGGGUUGCCUUCCUCUCUUGGUUCGCUUUCUCUCCGCUUGUUCCGGAGGCGGUAUCCAAGGAUCUACAACUGACCCCGGCUGAGCUUGCGAACUCCAACGUGAUCUCCCUAUGUGCUACGCUGGUCGUACGUAUCGUCGCUGGACCGGCAAUUGACCGCUAUGGUCCACGCAAAGUCAUGGCAACCUUGCUUGUCAUUGGUGCCAUUCCGUCCGGACUUGCCGGAACCGUGCAUAACGCACAAGGGCUCUACGUUAUCCGUUUCUUCAUCGGUAUUCUCGGUGGCACCUUCGUCCCCUGUCAGGCAUGGACUACGGUGUUCUUCGACAAGAAGGUUGUGGGACUUGCCAAUGCGCUUGCUGGCGGGUGGGGCAAUUCAGGCGGUGGCUUUACUUUCAUCAUCAUGGUCGCGCUUUAUAACCGACUUGUGGCAGACGGCCUCUCAAGCCACUCUGCGUGGCGGGCUGCUUUCGCAAUAGUUCCCGUUCCCGCACUGCUUUUCAUCGCGCUCAUGAUCAUGCUCUUCGGGACCGAUCAUCCAUCAGGUCGAUGGUCUGAUCGCCACAAAACCCUCCCGACUUGCUCUGCUCCCUCUCAAGAACGUGCACCCUCUGUCCAGGACCUGGAAGCCAAAGUCUCGAGCGAGAAGAUGACUGCGCAAGUAUCCGUCGAACCUGUAUCUGCCGUCGAUUCGGCUGUCAACGAGCCACUCGACCUUCGUGAUACUCUGACCUUACUCCUUAACCCAUUAACGUGGUUGCCUGCGCUGAGCUAUCUCACCACCUUUGGUUUCGAACUUGUCGUAGACGCCAAUCUAGCGAAUGUACUAUACGGGUUGUACAAAGGCCCAUCUUUCGAUCAAACCAAGGCAGGCUAUAUAGCAUCAACCUUUGGGUUGCUCAACAUAUUCUCUCGCCCACUUGGAGGUUACUUGGGCGACCUGAUCUACAUGCGGCUUGGUGUCAACGGGAAAAAAGGUCUUAUGCUUGCGCUCGGGAUUGCGCAGGGUCUAUUCGCCAUAGGCUUUGGUGUAUACGUCGACCAACACCAUUCGCCAUCUUUAGGAGUCGUAAUCGGUCUCUUUGUCGUGAUGGGAUGGUUCAUGGAGAGUGCAAACGGCGCGGCGUUCGCUUUGGUACCGCAUUGUAACCCAAACUCGAAUGGAUUGACAAGUGGCAUUGUCGGCGCCAGCGGCAACCUCGGCGGCGUGAUAUUCGCUUUGAUCUUCCGAUUUGAAGCCACCGCGGGAAAGUCAUUCUGGAUUUGCGGUGUCCUUGCAGUGGGCCUCAAUGCAAUACUCUCGCUUAUCAAGGUUCCUCGGUGGUGA